AUGGCAAUGGCAUUACGGACUCGCAAUGUCCCUUCGGACGCAAACCGCAUUCUCUUCGUGAAGAACAUAUCAUUCAAGGUCAAGGAUGAGGAUCUGUGGGACCUGUUUGGUCGUUACGGCGCAGUAAGACAAAUUCGAGUGGGAGACACAACGGCGACAAAGGGUACAGCUUACGUCGUGUAUGAAGAUGUCAUGGAUGCGAAGACCGCAUGUGAGAAACUCAGUGGAUUCAAUUUCGCAGAUCGAUAUCUUGUCGUGAUGUACCACCAGCCAGAAAAGAUCAAGGCGACCGAUUUGGCGAAGAAGGAGGCAGAACUGGAGAGGUUAAAGGCACGACAUAACAUCGAGUGAAUCAACAGCAUGUAGUGAAAGAUUUUGGGAUUGGGCUAUUUCAACAUGGAACGGCGUUUUGGGGGUUAUUGUUUUCUUUCUUGGUCAUAAGGGCAUGAAUGGUAUUCCCGGCAUUUUUCGCACGAGUUAUCAAAAACUGUACAACACACAUAUAUAUCUU